AUGAGCUAUUACUCCGACUUCUGGGACCGGCGGUCUUCGAAGCGGUCGGAGCGGUCGGAGCGGUCGAGAUGGACUCCCUUGACGAGGAUGUUGCUCUCAGGCGAGAUGACGCAGGAGAAGCAGCAGGACCUAUCAACGAGAGAAAAGUUUGAUCGUUGGAUGAUCAACGAGGGUUACAGACGAGUAUUUGUCUUCGUCUUCAUGUUCACGCACGCUCUCAUAUUCGCACUCGCCUCGGUCCACUACGCCAUGAAGGACAGCUUGCAGGGCGCCAGAGAUAUCUUUGGUUUCACCUUCGUCAUCGCGCGUGCGUCCGCCGUCGUUUUACAUGUCGACGUCGGCAUCAUCCUCUUCCCGGUCUGUCGGACACUGAUUUCGCUCAUGCGCCAGACUCCUCUCAAUGGAAUUAUUCAAUUCGACAAGAACAUCACAUUUCACAUCACCACAGCGUGGUCUAUUGUCUUCUUUUCGUGGGUGCAUACGAUAGCGCACUGGAACAACUUUGCCCAGGUUGCGGCCAAGAACAAGCUGGGUGUGUAUGGAUGGCUUCUGGCCAACUUUGCGUCCGGACCCGGCUGGACGGGUUACGUGAUGCUUAUUGCUUUGAUGGGCAUGGUUGUCACGUCGAUGGAGAAACCCCGGAGAGCAAACUAUGAGCGUUUCUGGUACACUCACCACAUGUUCAUCAUCUUCUUCUUGUUCUGGUCCCUGCACGGUGCUUUCUGCAUGAUUCAACCGGACGUGGCUCCCUUUUGCACCAGCAUCGGCGCCUCGGCCAUUGGCGUGUUUUGGCAAUAUUGGAUGUACUCUGGCUUCGUCUACUUGGCGGAACGCAUCGCUCGCGAGGUACGCGGUCGGCACAAGACGUACAUCUCAAAGGUCAUACAGCACCCAAGUCAAGUGUGUGAGAUCCAAAUCAAGAAGCAGAACACAAAAACUCGUCCCGGCCAGUACAUUUUCUUCUGCUGCCCUGCCGUAUCGCUCUGGCAGUAUCACCCGUUCACGCUCACCAGUGCUCCCGAGGAGGACUACAUUUCAAUCCAUAUGAGAUGCCAGGGUGAUUUCACCAUGGCAGUCUCCAAGGCUCUCGGCUGUGAAUGGGACAACAAGGCCGACACAAGCAAGGUCGUGGGCGGUGACAUGGACCGAAACGGCGUUGACCCUGCUCUGCAAAGGCUCUUGCCACGAGUCUACAUUGAUGGACCAUUUGGAUCAGCCUCGGAGGAUGUUUUCAAAUACGAAGUAUCUAUUCUCGUUGGUGCCGGUAUCGGCGUCACGCCCUUUGCUUCCAUCCUCAAGUCCAUCUGGUACCGAAUGAACUACCCACAGAAGAAGACUCGUUUAUCCAAGGUGUACUUUUUUUGGAUUUGUCGCGACUUUGGCUCCUUCGAGUGGUUCCGGUCACUGCUCCUGGCCGUGGAAGCUCAAGAUGUCGAGCACCGCAUUGAAAUCCACACAUAUUUGACUGCCAAGAUCAAGGCCGAUGACGCCACCAACAUUAUGAUCAACGAUGUCAACGCCGACAAGGACACCAUCACAGGUCUGAAAAGUCCGACAAACUUUGGGCGACCAAACUGGGACAUGAUCUUCCGUAGCAUCCGGAAACUGCACAGUCCUGGGGAAGCUGGAGUCUUUUUCUGCGGUCCGAAGCUUCUGGGCAGUGCCCUGCACGUAUACUGCAACAAGUAUACCGAACCGGGGUUCUCAUUUGUUUGGGGAAAAGAAAAUUUCUAG